AUGAGACUAAAGGGGUCUCUACACCAACCCGACAGUUGGAUAUUGUCACGCGUCGGGAGUAGUUGGGACAGAGUUGGCUCGGUGCGUCUGGGGGAGUUGGAGGACGUUGGUGGUCGUGGGUCUCCGUCGGGUGACUUUGAGCAUGUUCACAGUUGGGUUGUGGAGAGCGUCGGAGGUCGGGCUCCAUGCAGGACUCUGAUUAGUUUUGCAAGCAUGAGUACAACCACCUCGACAACCACUCCAACCACCACUACUACCACCACUACAACCACUCCAACCACUUCGACAACAACUUCAACCACCACUUCUACCACUCCAACAACUACAACUACCACUCCAACCACCACUCCUACCACCACUACUACCACUCCAACCACCUCGACAACAACUCCAACCACCACUACUACCACUCCUACCACCUCAACUACCACUCCAACCACAACUACUACCACCCCAACCACCACUGCAGCCACCUCGACAACCACUCCUACCACCACCCCAACCACCACUACUACCACUCCAACAACCACAACUACCACCACUCCAACCACCACUACUACCACUCCAACCACCACUACUACCACUCCAACCACCACUACUACCACAACCACCACUAACCACUCCACUACAACCACCACUACAACCACUCCAACCACCACUACAACCACUCCAACCACCACUACUACCACUACUACCACUCCAACCACCACUACAACCACUCCAACCACCUCGACAACCACUCCAACCACCACUACAACCACUACAACCACCACUACAACCACUCCAACCACCACUACUACCACUACUACCACUCCAACCACCACUACAACCACCCCAACCACCACUACAACCACUCCAACCACCACUACUACAACCCCAACAACCACCACUACUACCACUCCAACCACCACUACUACCACCCCAACCACCACUACAACCACUCCAACCACCACUACUACAACCCCAACCACCACU